AUGGAAACCGCCUCUAAAAGUUCUUCGGCCGUUGGUCGGGAAAGGGCUUUGUCUAAAGACGGAGCGAUGUCUGACUGUGUGUCUCUGCCGUCCUUUGCUGAGUAUCCGUCCACUCGACCUCUCAUUAACACCACCUUACCACGCUCUCACACAACUGUCAAGGCCUUCCCCGAAAGCAGCAGCGGAGCGAUUCUGUCGGCUCUGAGGAAUCUCCAGGAAAAGAUCCGCAAGCUGGAGUUGGAGCGAACACAGGCUGAACAGAACCUCCAGAGGCUGUCCCGAGAGACAGCACGCUCACGGAACCUUCUGGAGACAGACCCUCAGCCCGCCCACAGAGAGACACCUCCAAACCAGGAGUUGGUGAGUCAGUUGGCCUCAGCUGAGUCUCGCUGUCGUUUGCUGGAGAAACAGCUGGAGUACAUGAGGAAGAUGGUGCGCAACGCAGAGUCUGACCGCACAGCCGUGCUGAAACAACAGGUUUCUCUGGAGAAGGAUCGUUCAGUGGACCACGCAGAUGUCCAGGCCAAGUUUGAGAAACUUGAUGUGCUGGAGAAAGAAUAUCUGAGACUGACCGAGACACAGAACCUGGCUGAGAGUAAAAUCCGAGAGUUAGAACGUAAACUACAAGAAGAGGAACAUCAAAGGAAACUUGUCCAGGACAAGGCAGCUCAGUUACAGACAGGGCUAGAGACCAAUCGCAUUCUCCUCCAAUCAGUUUCUCCCCGCCCACCCAAAGCAUCAAAGACAAAGAAGAAGAAGCUGUCCACUAAGCCUUUGCAGCAGCAGCAUUCACACCCCCAGCCACAUUACAGACUGAGUUUGGGAGAUGUGCCCUUUGUUGCAGGAACGUCUACUGGUACCAGUCAUUCUGUGCGUGCCAAUGUUCAGCACGUUCUUCACCUGCUGAAACAGCAUAACAGACAGCUCUGUAACGACCGAGUACUCGGAGAUACACCACUGGCCAGCCCCUCCACCAAUGGGAGGGGGGACAGAGACUGUCAGUCAAGCAGUAGCUCCUCCUCUUCCUCUUCUAGUAGUGAAGAACUCUCAGACCUGCUGCUGGCCCUACAGGACGAGUUUGGACACAUGAGCUUUGAGCACCAGGAGCUGGGGAAGCAGAUCCAGGCGUGUCGUUCGGACCGGCUGAGGCAGGACCUGGAGCGGGAGAUGGAGGGUCUGGUGAAAAGAAUGGAGAGUAAAGGAGAGCAGAUCGCUAAAGUCAGACGACAUCAGACACAGCUGGAGAAGUUGAAGAAGCGGUCCCGUGGUCGAUGUCGGAGCGGUGGGAGUCACGGGGAGGUGAAGGUUACGACGACCGUGAGCACCCGCGGUCGUUCCGCCGGGGCGGUCAAAGUGAAGCCAGGCGACCGCAGUAAAGACAGUCUGCGUUUACUCAAAGACAUGCGGUCACUGCAAACCUCGCUACGCACUGACCAGGUCAGCUGGGAUUACUGA